AUGGAAAGAGCUAAAACUCGUAAACCGCAUAAGAAGUCGCGAAACGGCUGCUUGCCGUGCAAAGGCCGACAUGUCAAAUGCGAUGAGCAAAGGCCCAACUGCGCAAAUUGCGUGAAGCAAGGCACUGUGUGUGAAUACCGACCUUCCACGAGCCGCGAGAGUCGUGAAGCUUCCAACAUAUCGCCCUUGCCAGUUGGAACACCAGCUUUCACACCAUCAUCCGGAGAUGGCAAUGCCAAUUAUCUUGACCAGCAACCAUUACCAGAUUUUGGAACCAUCACCCUUAAUGGCGCGUCCAGUCAACCUGAUCUGACAUUGAACAUACCCCAAUUACGGUUGCUCCAUCACUUUACGACUGUCACAGCCAAAAGCCUAGCAGCGCAUACUGACGCCGAGGACGUGUUUACAACUACUUUAAUACAGAUCGCGUUCGACCAUCCCUAUCUUCUUCAAGCAACCCUUGCGCUCAGCGCGUUACACCUGAGCCGGAUUUCAGGCCCAGAAGAAGCCCAGCAGUACUCGUACCAAGCUGAGAAGUACCACGAACAAGCUCUGCUCAACUUCCAGACCACUGUUCGCGAUAUCGAAGAUUCAAACUUCAAGCCAGUCCUUUUGUUUGCGGGCAUGAUAUUCCCACACGCAUGUAUCGCUUCGCUUAUGGUGCAUACUGGCUUGGAACAUGCGUUCGAGAGCGUUCUCUCCAAUCUCGUCUUGACCCGGAGGAUCAGGCCCAUGGUGGCCAGCUUCUACACGCAGAUGAAGGAAAGCGAACUAGGUCGUAUGAUUCCCGACGACGUCAAGGGUAUUGAUUGGCAAACCGAGGAGCAGCCACCCAAUACCGAGCUUGUACAACUCCGCAAGUUCUCAGAGGUCGUUCAUCACGUCUAUCCUCCCGACAUUGUCGAUGCAUACGGUUAUGCCUGUCAUAUCCUCGAGUUAGUGUUUCAAGUCGCAGGAAAAUCUGAGAGACCUCCUUCCGACGCGUUAUUGAAGAUCUGGAUUCAUCUUAUCUCUGAUCGCUAUAUCGAGCUUUUGUCAGAAAGGCAACCGGGGUCUUUGAUCAUCUUUGCACACUACGCUGUCAUAAUGCACAGAGGAGCGAAAUGUUACUGGUAUCUCGAAGGGGUUGCAGAGCAGAUACUCCUGAUUGCAGAUCAUAUGGUCCCUAGCGAGUGGAAGUCGUGGCUGCAGUGGCCUAAGGAGCAGAUUCGCGGUACCUCUGUUCCGCCGACGCCAUACUCGGGACAUGCGACAUGA